CAAUCAAUAAUUACUCUACAACACAUAUUUUAUUUUACUACCGCGUGCGAUUCUUUCACAUUCAUUAUAUAGUAGGACUUUCACGAAUCUGUGAUAGACCUAUUCGAAUUGCAUACGAGCUAAAUUACUUGACAUUUCACGACCAAUCAACCUUUAACAAGGACAGGUAUUGGACUGAGACUGACCGGGUGUGUGCUUUAGCAGUUUAGGUUUACCAAUUAGUUCGUGAAAGUUUUGAGCGAGAUAUCUAAAGUAUAGCUGAGCUGGAAAGAACAAUGUCAUCCGGGGCAUUCACCUGUAUCUCGUGCCGAGUGGCAUUCGCCAGUACGGAUCUACAGAGGGCCCACUACAAGUCGGACUGGCAUCGCUACAACCUCAAACGCAAAGUAGCCGAGCUUCCUCCCGUCACUGCAGCUGAUUUCAAGCAGCGCCUUCUUGCACAACAAUCCAAGACCGCCGAGGCACAACGAGACACCUCUACUAGAUGCGGGGUAUGCGGGAAGCACUUUGGCACGGAGAACGCCUAUACAAACCACCUACAAUCCAAGAAACAUAAAGAUGCAGAGGCCAAGAUGAAAGCAGCUUCCGAUCAGAGCCAGGUCUCCGUCAAGAAUGCCAAGAACAAGCGCGACCAGGCCAAGGUUGACGCCUAUGAAGGAGAGAAGAUGAAGAGGGAAGGGGCGGAGAAGAAAAAGAAGAUGGACAACAAUGCUGCACCACCAACACCAUCAUCUAGGUUGAGGAAGGAGAACAAAGAUGAAGUUGCUGAUGAAGUGAUGGACGAUGAUGAUGAGGAGGAGGAAUGGGAGGACGUAGAAGGUGAAGAGAUACCUCCUACGGAUUGUCUCUUCUGCAGUCAAUCAACUUCAUCAAUCGAAGACAACCUGCAUCAUAUGACUGUAUCUCAUAGCUUCUACCUGCCCAACGUGGAGUUUAUAGCAGACAUGGAGGGUCUUUUAUCAUAUCUGGGUGUGAAGGUUGGCUGCGAUUUCAUGUGUCUUUGGUGCAAUGAAAAAGGAAAGUCAUUCUACUCACUGGAUUCCGUACAGAGACAUAUGAGAGACAAAGGGCACAGUAAGAUCUUGUAUGAAGGAGAUGCUAUUUAUGAAUAUUCAGACUUCUAUGACUUCAGGAAAAGCUAUCCAGACUAUGAUGAGAGGAAUGGAGGAGCAGUAGGAGGAGAGAUGAGGAGUGAAGAUGAUGAAGAUGAAGAAGAAGAAAUGGAUUUAGGCAGCUAUGAGAUGAAAGAAGAAGGAUUUGAGCUAACUCUCCCCUCGGGAAUGAAGAUCGGUCACCGAGAGCUUAGCAAGUACUACAAGCAGAACCUUCCCCUUGAAAGAAGAGUAAUGAAGAAAAAUCCUGCCCUCAUUGGUCGACUGAUGUCACAGUACAAGGCACUUGGUUGGCAUGGAAACAAAGGAGAAGCAUCAGAGAAGAUGAUCCGUGAUCUUCGUUACGUGCAGAAGUUCCGCAGCAGGCAGAAUCUUUCACUCCAAGUCAAGGCCAACAAAUUCCAGAAACAUUUCAGAUGUCAGAACCCAAUAUAAACCUCCUUUUUCAAUUAUACUCAGAGCUUGCUCAUCUACCCAUGUUAUGAUAUGUGUGCAUGCACAAAGUGAUAUUACGAAAUGUGGGAGCUAUAGGCCCGAAAUUCACAAAGGGGUUUUGAAAACCAUUGGAUGAACCCAUGGUUUAUGUAGAUUUCAUGUUAUAAAUUACGCUUAUUAACUGCAUAUUUUAAACAAAUGUCUAUAUGCUGAUGUGCGCUUUUUGUCACAGUGGGCAAAAUGACGCCUGUUACCAUGGCUUAGUAUGCUAUUUUAUUCAUGAGUCAACUCUUUUGAAGAGUGGACUCAUUAAUUUAAAACACUGUGGUAAUUUACACAUGAUGGGUUCAACCGAUGAUUUUCUAAACCAACUUUGUGAGGGCCGUAAAGUUUACCAAUAUUGACUGCUCAUGAGAAUGACAGAGGAAAUUAUCAUUCCCGAGGUGCUUUUCAUUCUGGUCCUUAAUAAUAUUAGGCAUUUGUAUAGCACCAUCUUUCUAGAGACAAUCUAUUCCGAGGCGCAUUGUUAUUGAUUUUAUUAAUUUAGCUUGAGCUGCCUUUCAGCGCUCGUGCAUUCAAGAAAUUAAUCCUGCCGGGUACCCGUUCACCUCACCUGGGUUCAGUGCAGCACAGUGUGGAUAAGUUUCUUGCUGAAGGAAAACAAACUAUGGCUAGGAAUCGAACCCACAACCCUCUGUUUAAAAGGCAAGAGUCAGAACCACUAGACCACGACGUGCCCACUUCUAUCACCCAGACACCUCGGCCAAGGGAUAAUAGAAGGGCCGGUAUGAAAAGCACUUAGGUAGUGAUGCUACCCACUUUUAUUUGGAUACAGAGAAAUAAAUUGUUUUAUAUGAUUCUAUGAUAUUUGCUCUGGCGACAAUUGCUCUACUAUUAAUUCCACACACUAGUCAAACGACCAACUUCAACCUCGGAUUUAAUAUGCUACCCUAAACCCAACAUAAAACACUAUUGCAACCCUAAUCCUGCAUCCAGGACAAAAUAAGCUCAGAGCAAUUGUCGCAGGAGCAAGUGUCAUGUCACCUUUUUGUAUACCAUAUCGUUGAUAAUAAA